AUGAAACUAGCUGCUGAUGGAACUCUUGUAAUUCAUGAUUUAAUAAAAAAUGAAAACAAAGGAAAAUUUGUUGCUCAAAAAGGAGGAAUUAAUGAUAGUAGUGUAUUUGAUGAAACAACAAUAUUUGUUGUUGGAGAAGAUGAUAGUUUAUGGCAAGUAGAUACAAGAGCUCCUUCAUUAAUAAAGAAAAUACAAAUUAAUCCGAAUUCAUCUCACCUUUGUGUUUCAUGUUCUGUAUCUAAACUUGUAGCAGUUUCAACAAAUAAUUUAAUUAAUUUAUAUGAUAUGACAGCUGAUAAAAUAAUUAAUGUUGACCAAUCUAUUCACUCAAAUAUUAUUACUUCAUUAUGUUUUAAUGGUAUUUUAUUACAAAGUUCUUCACUUGAUGGUACAAUUGUUCGUACGUAUAAAGAGUCUGUAAAAACACGUCUUCCAGUUUCUUAUUCACCAGUGUUUGUUAAAAUUAUUAUAAAUUAUAAUAUAAAAUAG